AUGGGUACUACAACAUCGACAACACCUACAACAUUGAUCACACCGACAACAACAAAUUCCCUAAAAACUAUUGAAUGGAAAUGGCAAUCGAAUCCCAAUCCAUGGUCAAAAACUGAGCCACCAACAUGGAGUCAGUAUUCAGAUGUUGAAAACCUAAUUAUCGAACGAGCCUUUUUAAAUAAACAACCACGAGCUAUUUUGGAUGAUUAUUACAUUGAUUUUAAACAUUAUCUGCAAAUACUAAACAGUGAUAAUAACAAGCAGAGAUCCGUAAAAAGAAUUGAACGCAAUAGAGAAGACAAACAUUUGAGAGAAGAACGCUUCGUGGAUCUUCCAGUUGCAUCGGAUCGUUCAUUUGGUGGUCAAUAUGGCUGGAUAUCGCCAUUCAUCGUAGAAGUCAGAAGAUAUUUGGGUCUAAAAUUAGAUGAACUUCCUUCCAAAAAACCAGGUAUGAUACCUAUGCUUGUUGAAAAAGCUGCUCAAGGUAUUAUUGAAGAAGGCAAACAUAUUGGAAAACAAAAGGAAGCUGAAGAAUUGGCUGAUUGUCUUCGAGAAAAAAAGAAUAAAAGAAUUGAAGAAGUAUGGCAACGCUGUGCUUAUCUUUACUCGUUGGAAAGCUUCCUAUACACAACUUUGAACGCAAACAUGAGAUUAGUUGGAAGCAAAGAAGAAGAACAUAUCUGGCGGCAUACAGUUCAAACACUAGGUCCAUUUUGCUUAUUACUUUGGGAUGAUCCAUAUAAUAAAAAAGUGAAAACUAACAUUGAACUUUAUCGGGGAGCCAAACUCAAACCAGAACAGAUCGCUGUUUAUAAAAAAAUGGCCGGGAAUAAAAAAGAGUAUGGCUCUUUCCAAGGAUUUUCAUCGUGUAGUCGUAAUCGUGAAAAAGCAGAAGGAUUUGGAAAUACACUAUUCAUUAUGAAAGUAUUGUUUGCAUUUAUUGCUGAUAUUAGUAAAUUAUCGGAAUAUCCUAAUGAAGAAGAAGAAAUUGUGACACCAGGUGUAUGUUUUCGUGUUCUGCGUGUCGAAGAGGAACCUGAGAAAGGCAAACAUUUAAUCUACUUGGAAUUAACACAACGUUUUUCUAACAAAGACCAUCAGCAAAUCAGCAUACAAAACACACCCAACACAAAUAAAGAUGCCUAUGAUCGUCUUGGUGCUGCUUAUGCUGCUCGCGCUGCUCGUGCUCGUGCUCAUGCUUAUACUACUCAGUAUCGUGAUGAUGCUGAUGCUUAUGACGCUUAUGCUCGUGCUUACUAUGCUGAUGCUGUGGACCGGGAUGGUAACUCCUUAUAG